UUAACGCGCAUAGCACGCCUAUCUCUUAAUGUAGCGCCUGUGCAUAUUUACUUCGCAUUACUAUCAAAGUAACUUUAUUUAAAAUAAAACAAACUUCUCAAAUCUACAAUUUUCCAAACGUGUUCGCAAUCAUUCUGUUUAAUUGAAAUAAAUAAAUACAAAAGGAAUGUACUGAAUUCAACCUAUGUAAUGUGCUAGGUCUUACUGAAAACUACGAUGGUGUACGUAGCAACGACUGAGUCACAUAUACUUCUUUAAAAAACGGUGCCUAGCAAAGCACUCUAAUAAGAUGCAAGUGUUGAUAGUUCUAGUACUAUUCUGUAUAGCAAAAAAUCUCUCCCUCAACACGGACCAAAAUAUCAAUGUAAUAUCCAAUAACACAAGGGCCACAAUAAGAAGAAAUUCAUCAGGACGCCCACGAAUCAUUAAGCAUUUGAUUGGUGAAGAAGUGGUUUUCGACUCGGACUUGUACCAAAGACUCAGAAAAAAUCUUAAAAACUCAAAUUCCUCUGAAUACAACUACUAUAAAAACAAUGUAUCAUGGAAUCCCUCUAAUGUAAAUACUGGACUAAAAAAAGCAAAUAUCAGUGAUAAUAAGAAAAUAGAAAAUGGAAAGACAUUAGCUGAUCAAGUAGUUGAAGGUAAAUAUGGGCUGAUUCAUAACGAGUUAUUUAGAACAACUCCACAUAGACCAGGCGUCCUGAGUUACAUACAUAAUAUAGAAAUUCCACAAGAUGAUGCUGCAAACUUUGGUGGCUUGAAUAAAAAGGAGAUAUGGCUUUCUGAAGGUCAUUUGUUGGUUUUGAAUGGAGGCAGAGUUAAUGAACACUUUAAUGGCUCUAAAUGGAAAGCUAUAGACUCUUUUAGUGCACCUUUGAGACAAGUGAAAAUCCCAUUGAAUCCAAAAAUACCUCCACCAUUCCCAAUACAACUCACAGAUGAUGGACCGAUACAUUUUGUUGGACGAAUUCAAAUUCCUUUUUGCAGUCAGUUUCUAAAUGAUUCUCUAUGUGUUUUCCCUAAUGAUGUUACACAAGGAAAUAAUUUUAGUGCGACAAACUCAACAAAAUCGAACAAAACAAAAAAAAAUGAGGUAAUUUUUGAUGGAUAUAGAUAUCCUGCACCACAAUCUUUUCUUGUCAACCAAAUGAAUAGAACUUUUUUUAACCCUUUUCCAAAUGCAUCAUUCCAACCCUUUUCGGGUUCUAUAGAAAAUACAAAUAAAUCAGAUGUGGAUGAGGACAACCUCUCCCUAUAUUACCCACCGCCGUAUAGUUUUGAGUACAAAAAUAAUUACAGUAAUCCAGUAUUACCCGGCCCUUUAGUUCCAGGAAUCAUAUUACCUCCUCCACCAAACUUUUUUGGACGAUUAGAUACAAAUACACAUGAUACUCCAGAAGAUACCAAUAACGCAGUCUUGAAAGAUUAUCUAAAAAAUCUUACUGUUAUGAAACAUAUAAUACCUUUCACCAACAAGAUUGAGAAUAAAUCCAUUGCAUCAAAUGUAUUAAAUAGAAAACCCAUAAUAAAAGAUACAAAUAAUACAGUUGAAAUUAAAACCUUAAAAACCAAAAAUUCUACUGUUCUACAGACUAUUCGUGAAAACACGAACAUUAACUAUAGUGAAAAACGAACCACAUUGAAUAUACCGUCUACUCGAACACAACCUGAUAAAACAAAAAAAUAUUCAUCGUUUUCCAUGCCACAAAACCCAAAAAAAAUGAAAAGUAACACAGUAUACUAUGAAUAUUUUGAUUCUAGUAAUCGAACACAACAAAAAAAUGGAGAUUAUUCGUCAACUACACUAAGUCCAUCCUUAGCCACAAUCGCCUAUGAAAUGCUUUCUCUUAAGUUGCAUGCAAAUAAUUCAUCUUCAAAUAUAAAACGUCCUUCUUCAUAUUUUUCCAAUACAUAUGAAAAUACACCCUACAUUGUAUAUAAUGAAAAUAAUCAGUUCGGUCAUUCGACAGAAUUUAAUAAAGAAAUUGAGACGAUUCGAAAAACGUUGCAUUAUUUUGAUACUACAAUACCUUCUUGCAAGUCAAAAUACAAAUCGAAUUUUAAAUCAACUGCUCUAUCGCAAAUACAGCCAAUUUAUGCUAACGUGAAUCCUACCGAUUAUCGACGAACGGUAAAUGACGAUUUCAAAUUGAGAGAUCCAAAUGUGCAAUUUUACGAUGCAACUUCAAUUUUUACUAGAAAAAAAGAGCAUUCUUUCAAUUCACAAAUGAUACAAAAGCUAAAUAAGGUUGGUAGUGUUAAUAUUGAAGAUCAAUAUAUCAACUCGAAAACAGAAAACGAGAAUCCUCAUGUCUAUUAUACGGUAAUUACGAAUUCUAAACUAAAUCAUUUUGAAACCCCAAAUUUGUAUAGCCUUAAGCAAUUCAAUGACCACGUAGUGUCUAAUCCACGCAUAUACAAUAAUGGAGCUAGUGGAUAUCAUCAACAACUGUAUUUAACUAGUAGGAGUCCUCUUCAAACAAGUUCAGUAUAUUCAAAAGCAUCUGUGUCUCCAAAUUAUCAGUUUGAUCGGCAUUAUAUUCUCCCGCAGACAUUCAAACAAACAACGAAUUAUUCACCAAAAAAUCAACAGCAUACGACGGUACCAUAUUUAGGAGAAAAUAUAUUUGUGAAUUAUAGACAUUCGUUUCCUGUUUUUAAUUCUGAUAGUGAGAUAUAUAGAUAUAAUGGCAUGAAAUCCUAUAUUCAAUAUCAGCAUACAAUUGAAGAUAAGAAUGUCUUUAAUCGUUCAUGAUGCAGGGAAUCUACUGCUGUAGGACACAUAGCGUCUAAAUAGGACACUCAGCAUCAAAUCAAAAUAAGCCAACUGUCAGGAGACUUACUGAUUGUGAUAAUAUGCAGUUGUUGAGCUGUGAUCCCUUUUCAUCUGAAAACAAUUUGAAAGCCAAUGUUGAAGAAUAUAAAUUCUACAUAUGUA